AUGUGGCGACAAUUCAUAAUCUCCGGCUUUCAAGCUGUAAUGUUUCAGCAAUUUUUAACAACUAUUUGUUUAUUAUCUCGAUAUCUGCAAGUAUUUUCAUUAUUUACAUUAAUCCGGUUUCUUCUUAUUUUAUUUGUACUGAUUCCCGUAAAAGCUAUGAAUGAUUCUGAUAUAAUCUGCAAUAAUCUUGAGAUGAUAUGUGGAGUACAACUUCGUUCUUAUUCAUUGCUUGAAGCAAUUUCAGAAGGAUCUGGAUGGGAUUCUGGAUCUGGAAUGAGCGAAUUUCCUUUAUAUGAUGAAUUCUUUACUCCAAUGCAUAGAUUCGAUUUUUCUAAUAUGAUUAGCGCUACAAAUGAAACAAUUUGUCAGUGCGCAAAUGAGACAAAGUGCGAGUUAAAAAUGGAAAAUAGCAUUAAACUGGAUGAAAUGAUUACGUUGAUAUUAUGUGAUUCAGUGAAGGAUAUAUUCAGGUUUCCGUGUCGUGGAGCACGUAGUCUCACACGUGUAAUUGGAAGGAUACAUGAAUCUGGUGAAAGUUUAACAUCAGUUACCGAAGCAGUUUUUUUUUGUAAAUGUGAUCGAGGCUAUAAACGAAUCAAAAUUGAACCAUGGAUUAAUGAUUUGUAUGCAUUUGUUUAUCGUUGCUUAUAA